AUGCCUAUGGCAACACAACGACCGGAAACUACAACAGUCGCUUUGCCCAGCUUCACACCAGCAUUGCGGCCGCCAGCAGGAGUGGUCUCGAAUCCUGACAACCCAACUUCGCUUGCUUACCUGGCUGACAUUACCAUCGCAAUAUGUAUUCCUCUAGUCACUGUGUUCUUCUUGAUGCGUUCUUAUGUGCGCAUCGUCAUCAAGCGCACAUUUAUAUUUGAGGAUUUCUUGGUGACCGUCGCCUGGGCUGGUACCGUUGCCUACUGUGGCAUCAUGAGAGCUACCAUGUCUCAUAACGGUGGCAAACACGGCUGGGACAUCACUAUACACCAAGCCCGUCAAGCUUCGUACUGGUUCAACGUUGCAGCUAUUGAAUAUGGCGUCAUGAUUGGAGUCACGAAACUUGCAGUCCUCUGGCUCUAUCGCCGCGUCUUCUCGCCUGUCCGAUGGAGCAAAUUUGACAUCUCAAUCGUCUCCCUCAUUGUGAUUAUAUUUGGAUUCUACAGCACGACGUCUAUAGUGAAGAUAUUCGAGUGCAGUCCUCGCGAAAAGAUUUGGAAUCGGUCCAUUCCCGGCAAGUGUGUAGAAAUGUCUAUAAUAUUGAACGUUAGCGGCGCGUUCAAUACUGUGACAGAUUAUCUGAUCCUGUUCCUUCCCAUACAUGCUGUUCGGAAGCUGCAGAUGGAUCAUCUGAAGAGGAUUUUGGUGGUUCUUGCGUUUACGUUUGGUCUAUGUGCGCCAGUCUUUGCAACAAUUGGCUUUGUUGUCCGUCUCAGAAACAGCGGCAAUCCUGAUACAUCGUGGAAACAGCCUGAAAUACUUCUCUGGGGAGCUGCGGAACUUGCGUCUGGUAACUUGUGUGUUUGUUUUCCUGAGCUUGCCUUUCUUUUCCGAAAGAAGAAUCGUAGGCACAAUCGUCCCCGUCGGCCGACGAACUCUGAGUUAAAAGAUGCGAUUGAAUCUGAUGGCGGGAGAAAGCCUCCUUCGGACCCUUAUUUUACCAAGAGCCUCAUGAGCACAAUGUUUAGCACUGAUGGGGAUGCGCAUUAUGUCGAGUUGCAAGAUCAGCCAAAGAACGUGAGAGUGGCACCCAACGUGGUGUUCAGCUAG